UUCCGAGCCACUGGGAAACCCAGGAAGGAGGCAUUUCGUCGCCAUGUCUGUAGCAAGGAGAACGAUGGAUCCGUGGCGCCUGGCCAGGGUGGUUAGGAGAUGACACCGGACCUAGAAGGCUCUCGGGUCAAGCCGCGGGAGGAGGCAGUUCCUGCGCGGAGAACCGAGCCGGCCCACGUGGGUCUGACCGCUCCGCCCAGCUGCGCAGACGCCGCUGGACUCCUCAGUCGGGGCUGGGGCUGGGGCGCUGUGCCGGGACCCGGCAGCCGCGCCACCACCCGUGCACGCGCAGGUCCAGGACCCCCCACCCUGCAGCGAGCAGGACCCGAGGAACCGUAGCAAGCCCCGCAGGAGCGGGCGCCUCUAGGCCUCCAGAUGUUUGCUGCCAUCCAGCCAGGACUAGCAGAGGGGGCCCAGUACCUGGGGAGCCUGCCUCCUGGAGUAUGUCAGCCUGACCUCCAACCAGACAAUAACUCCAACUUUGUAGAGAGUGCUAAGGAUGCCAAUAAGAACUGGCAUGGUGUGCCAGGCAAAGCAGAUCCUAUUCUGAUAAGGAGCUCCUCUGAGUCGCCCUCUGAUAACCAGAUCUUCCAAGCCACUGGGCACUCUGAGGCUGGAGUCCGCAGCCCCCCGGAGGGUGCGGAGAUCCCUGGUGCUGAGCCAGAGAAGUUGAGCGGUGCCAGCAGUGUCUGCUCUCCUCUGGAGGAUAUUGGCUAUGCCAGCAGUUCCUUGAGCAUCGACAGCUUUAGCAGCAGUCCAGAAUCUGUCUGUGGCACCCCUCGAGGUCCAAGCCCUUUGGAUCCCCUUCUGCCCUCCGUAGCCCAGGCUGUGCAGCAGCUGCAGGCUCAGGAGCGCUACAAAGAACAGGAGAAGGAGAAACACCAUGUGCAUUUGGUGAUGUACCGUCGAUUGGCACUACUCCAGUGGAUCCGAGCUCUGCAGCACCAGUUGGUUGACCAGCAGGCCCGACUGCAAGAUAGCUUCGACACCAUCCUAGAUAACCGGAAGGAACUUAUCCGCUGUCUGCAACAGAGGGAAGCACCUUGCAGGCACCAGGAUCAGGGCUAAGGGUGUGCACAAGUGUGUAUAUUGCAGGCUUAUGUGUGGUUAUGCACAAGGAAGUGUGUGAAUAUUAGUUGGCAUGUGUGCAAGUAAGCACGAGUGAAUACGUAUAUGCUAACAUGUAGGCAGGUAUGUAAAGCAUGGGUGAAUGAACUUGUAUGUGUUAUAUGUCGCAUGUGUGUUUAUGUAUGCAUGUGUGUGUGUGUGUAUGUAUAUAUAUAUACAUAUAUAUAUAUAUAUACAUAUAUGUACAUGUAUGUAUAUAUAUAUAUAUUCCCGAAUGUAGAGGCAAAAGAUAUAUAUGCAUGUGUAUCAGUUUAAAUGUACAGGCUUGUGUUGGAUGUGAGUGAACCUCUGUGUGUUGAGACUCACAUGUUCCAGUGCUGGCAUAAGAAGCAUGUUCUAGGAACAUGUAUAUUUGCAGAGAUGUAAGGGCAGGUGUGUGUAAAUAUAUGUUCAAUUGUACCUGCAGGGCAUCCACCCAUCUCCUGUGUUCCCAAAGUCUACCCCAGCCUUAUCCUCUACUGAGUCUCACUUCACAGCUUCCUGGAGAAGGAAGCCUCUCUCGCUGUCAUAUAUCUGAGGGCUGUGGCUGAUCUGUUCUCUUGGAGUUUCCCAGGCUACCUUUCCUAUCCCUUCCCCUCCAACCUUGCUCUAAGACCGCUGUCCCUAAUGUUGGCUUCUUCUAAGAGUUUAUUUGGUGUGGUUGCUUUUUGUUUGUUCUGCUUAUUUCAGUACAAGGGAUUGAGCCCAGAGCCCUGUGCAUGCUAGGCAAAUGUCCUAACACUGAGCUGCACACCCAGCCCUGAAUCAGAUUUAUUGCCUGCACUGGCCUUCUUGUGCACAGGACAGUUUUUAGGGAAUUGACAUCAAGGGAAGGAACUGGCACAGUGGUGGAGGCUGUGGCAGGGGUGAGAGUGGAGAUAAAGAGAGAUAUAAGAAACUGUCCUCUUAGCAGGGCCCUGGUGGCACACACCUUUGAUCCCAGCACUCGAGAGGCAGAGGCAACUGGAUCUCUGAGUUCCAGAACAGCCUGGUCUACAGAGUGAGUUCAAAGACAGCCAGGGCUACACAGAGAAACC